CGCCACCGUUUGCGGCCAGUAGACGGUCURGGAGGCGGCGCAACAAAAACAUCCUGAAGGAUCGAGCGCAGGAGCUGUCAUCCUCUGAAUCCCUGCCGCUUCUGCUCAUAAACUCGAGCUUGUCGUUCAUCAUCACUCCAAAAUGCGCGAAAUUGUGCAUUUACAGGCCGGCCAGUGCGGAAACCAGAUCGGAGCCAAGUUCUGGGAGGUGAUCAGCGACGAACACGGCAUUGAUCCCACCGGUACCUACCAUGGAGACAGCGAUCUGCAGCUAGACAGGAUCAGCGUCUACUACAACGAGGCCACAGGUGGAAAGUAUGUCCCCCGUGCCAUCCUGGUGGAUCUGGAGCCCGGGACCAUGGAUUCAGUCAGAUCCGGGCCCUUUGGGCAAAUAUUCAGGCCUGACAACUUUGUCUUUGGUCAGAGCGGAGCUGGAAACAACUGGGCCAAAGGCCACUACACKGAGGGAGCGGAGCUGGUGGAUUCGGUCUUGGACGUUGUGAGGAAAGAGGCUGAGAGCUGCGAUUGCCUCCAGGGCUUCCAGCUCACUCACUCCCUGGGCGGAGGCACCGGCUCUGGGAUGGGCACGCUGCUGAUCAGCAAGAUCCGCGAGGAGUACCCCGACCGCAUCAUGAACACCUUCAGCGUGGUGCCUUCUCCCAAAGUGUCUGAUACCGUGGUGGAGCCCUACAACGCCACCCUCUCGGUCCACCAGCUGGUCGAAAACACCGACGAGACCUACUGCAUUGACAAUGAAGCUCUUUACGACAUCUGCUUCCGCACACUGAAGCUCACCACGCCCACCUACGGAGAUCUCAACCACUUGGUGUCCGCCACCAUGAGCGGGGUGACCACCUGCCUGCGCUUCCCUGGCCAGCUCAACGCCGAUCUCCGUAAACUGGCGGUUAACAUGGUGCCCUUCCCCCGCCUGCACUUCUUCAUGCCGGGGUUCGCCCCGCUCACCAGCAGGGGCAGCCAGCAGUACCGUUCGCUGUCCGUGCCCGAGCUCACUCAGCAGAUGUUUGACGCCAAAAACAUGAUGGCCGCCUGCGACCCGCGACACGGCCGCUACCUCACCGUGGCCGCCGUCUUCAGGGGCCGCAUGUCCAUGAAGGAGGUGGACGAGCAGAUGCUGAACGUGCAGAACAAYAACAGCAGCUACUUCGUCGAGUGGAUCCCCAACAACGUGAAGACCGCCGUCUGCGACAUCCCGCCCCGGGGCCUGAAAAUGGCCGCCACCUUCAURGGCAACAGCACYGCCAUCCAGGAGCUGUUCAAGCGCAUCUCCGAGCAGUUCACCGCCAUGUUCCGCCGGAAGGCCUUCCUCCACUGGUACACGGGCGAGGGGAUGGACGAGAUGGAGUUCACCGAGGCGGAGAGCAACAUGAACGACCUGGUGUCCGAGUAUCAGCAGUACCAGGACGCCACCGCCGAGGAGGGCGAGUUCGAGGAAGAGGGGGAGGAGGAAGGGGCGUAAAAAAAAAAAACCAACCGUGCAAAGAGCUGCCAUACCUCAUUUCACCACACCCAUUCCCCACGGAAAGGUCCGCCGCACUGAAGAGCCGUCACUAUCCAGAUCACUGCUCUAGAGUUAGACGUCGAUGUUUGCUGGGUCUAGUGACGUUUUGGGUUCAAGUGUUUCCGAGAUCCCUACAUCUACCCUUUCAUUGCCUUGCUGUGUGAGAAAGCAAGUCAUUUUAACUGUGAAGCCUGGGAAAUGGAGAAUGAAUAAAUUCACAUUGAAAGGCCUGA